AUGGGAAACUUAGUUUGUUCUGCACUAAGCAAAACGUCCUCUUCUUCUUCUUCUUCAUCGGCGGCGCGAGUGAUUCUUCCGGACGGCGAAGUGCGACACAUUCACGCGCCGACGAAAGCCGCCGAGCUAAUGAUGGAGAUUCCAAGCUUCUUCCUCGUCGACGCCAAGUCGCUAAAAAUCGGCAGGAAAUUCAACCCUUUAGCCGCCGAUGAUGAUCUUCAAAUCAAAGGCUGCCACGUGUACGUCGCGUUCCCUAUGACGCGUUCCACGUCAGCAGCUAACGCUUCGGACAUGGCUCGGUUAUUCGUAGCUGCCAAGAAACAACAGCGCCGCGGGGUCGGAACUAAAUCUUACGGCGCCAUAACGGCGGUGAAACAUUGUCAUAGCGGGAGAGUUUCGCCGGACGGAGAAGAAGAUGACGUAAGAAUGACAUCGUUGGGAUCGAAGCUGAAUUUAGAAGACAUUGAAGAGUUUUCGGCGGCGGAGUUUAUGCAUAGGAUCUCAGUUUCGAAAUCUAAGAAGCCAAAGUUAGAAACCAUAAUCGAAGAAUCUUUGUAA